ACAGCCUUUGUAACUCUUUGCUCUAUUGAAAGCAUGGUUAUUAUCCUUUCAAUAAAAAAAUCAUGGCUAUCCUCACGUGAAACAUACUACGCCUCAGCCAUGCCUAUCACCAUAAGCCGGCAGCCGUAACGUAAACCCGUGCUUCCUGGCCAAGAACUCCACAGUCAAGGCACAGUUUGAAAUGCAACAUAGGCGUGGCGUUCUUAGCGCCAACUGGGUGAAGGGGCGAGCCAGCCGGCCUCGUUCUCACACUGUCGGCAUGAGGCGCGUCACGCAAACUGAACCCCGUCGCGGUGCAUCCGCAGGUGCCCGGGGCCAGGGAUGGGCAGAUAACCGGCGUUUUUCAUAACGCGGCUCGACUGCGCAUGCAUAAAUCACCUCUUCAACGGGUGCCCAAGCCACUCGUUUCCAUCCUGGUUCUGGAGUUUCGAGUGCUUCUGGCGCAAUGAUGGUGCGUGCCCGGCCGUGCGAUCGAUUCUAUCCUAGUUGCUGAAUUAACUCAUGCUAGUUCCGUGUGGCGAAACUGAUCAUUUGCGGGUGUGAAAUUUUGAUGAUGAUGAUGCAGGCGCAGCCGCAGCUGGAGAAGAAGGCGCCCGCGCGGGCGAGGCCGCCGCUGACGGGGAAGGUCGUGGCCGCGCUCUGCGUGGCCAGCUUCGCCGUCGGCCUGCUGCUCAGCGGCUGGAUGCCGCUCCUGUCGGCGCCGAUCAGCUCCCGGGUGAACAAGACCUCUGCUCCCGGCUGCGACGACAACCGCGUAAGCAAGGGGUUAGCCGGGGAGAGGCAUGACCCCAAGGGCAUCAUAAGCGAGGUGUCCAGGACGCACCACGCUAUCCAGUCGCUGGACAAGGCGGUGUCUUCUCUCGAGAUGGAGCUAGCCGUGGAGCGAGCUCGGAGCGGCGACGCCGGCGCCGGCGCGGCGGGCUCGUCCAAGGCCCUUCAGAAGGCCUUCGUCGUGAUCGGCAUCAACACGGCCUUCAGCAGCAAGAAGCGCCGCGACUCCCUCCGCGAGACCUGGGUGCCCUCAGGGGAGAAGCUGAGGAGGCUGGAGAAGGAGAAGGGGAUCGUGGUCCGGUUCGUCAUCGGCCGGAGCGGGACGGCGGAGGGCGGCGGGGCGGCGGACCGCGCCCUGGACGCGGAGGAGGCGGAGAACAAGGACUUCCUGCGGCUGGACCACGUGGAGGGCUACCACGAGCUGUCCUCCAAGACCAGGAUCUACUUCGCCACCGCCGUCGCCACCUGGGACGCCGACUUCUACGUCAAGGUCGACGACGACGUCCACCUCAACCUCGGGAUGCUGGCAACUAGGCUGGCCAAGUACAGGGCGCGGCCCAGGGUGUACGUCGGCUGCAUGAAGUCCGGGCCUGUCCUGUCACAAAGAGGAGUGAAGUACCACGAGCCGGAGUACUGGAAGUUCGGGGACGUCGGGAACAAAUACUUCCGGCACGCCACCGGCCAGAUCUACGCCGUCUCCAAGGACCUCGCCGCCUACAUCUCCGUCAACCAGCCGAUCCUGCACAGGUUCGCGAACGAGGACGUCUCCGUGGGCGCGUGGCUGAUCGGGCUGGAGGUGGAGCACGUCGAUGACCGGAGCAUGUGCUGCGCCACGCCUCCAGACUGCGAGUGGAAGAAGAGGGCCGGGAACGUGUGCGUGGCGUCCUUCGACUGGUCCUGCAGCGGGGUCUGCAGGUCCGUGGACAGGAUGAAGCUCAUCCACGACGCCUGCGGCGAAGACCAGGCGGCGGUCUGGGGCGUCGCCACCUGAUCUGUGGAGUAGUGGUGGGAGUAGCGCAUCGGCCGGCCGGGCGUGCUGUUUAAUGUUGGGGCUGGCUAGGAAUCAGUCGACUGAGACUCGGCUGACGUCAGCGUAUAUUUUUUAUGGCGCAGCACUUGUUUUCAGUCAGGUUUUGUUACUUUUUCUAGAGGAACUAAGCCAGAUUUUGCUCUACGCAUCGCUGCUUGUUUCUCCACUCGCGAUCGUUGCAUGGGCCUGCAGAUCGGCCCAUUUUUCUUUUUUCGCAUUGCACGUCACGUGCUCGUGCUAUGUUCCUUCUCUUCUUUUUCUUUAGAUCAGUGUUCCUUCUCUUCUUUUUUUAAGAUCUAUGUUCCCUCUCUUCUCUGUGUACUUCUCGCAUAUUUUUUCUCAUCAUUUUUAAAAUGGGUUUGAGUUGUAUAAAAAUAUAUUUUAUGACAAAGAAGUAAAAUAUCAAAAAUGGAAAAAA